UAAGAAAGCUUGAAUCAUUUUCAGGAAGCUUAAAUUGGAACAAGACGGAUUUCUGAGCUCUCCUACCGCAGUCUAAAUACAGCAACUUACACAACGCUGAAGACAGCGCAACAGACUCAGGAAAAUGGGAUCGGCUUAGCUAACCGCACGCUGAUUGCGAAACAGCGGAGAUAAGCGAAUUGGAUGUGCAGUUAUGACAAGCUCACGCGUGCAAGGCCGAUCCUUUGUUAAAACUCUCGCCAGGAUAUAACAGUAAAAUUGCUUAUUUGUCGUGAAAUGCACUUUGUUGCCACAUAACACAUUAAGCGAUUGAUUUGAUUGAAAACUGUUGGAUUGUGCUAUAUCGUGAGCCUACGAAGUGCCCUGACACGGCAUCAGUUAACUCAUCUAGGAACUGAGGCUGUCUGUUUGAAAAACUCAAAACACGUUGACGGGGGAUAACAAUCCUGUGUAUUUCGCCGAGGAAAUAAGUGACAGAUAAGAAACGUGGUGUAGAGGUUUGGUGGUUUAUUCCUGACGAAGGGAGCGCAUGAGGGACAUGGAGAUGUUGCGCCGCUCGUCGGUGUUCGCUGCCGAAGCGAUAGAUGUGUUCAACCGCACCCCCAAUGACAAGGAGCUGGUGUCCCAGGGGAAGGCUCUGUGCAAGGACUAUAUUAAUUCCAGGCUGAAUCUAGCCGGGCUUGGCUGGUCCAAACCCGAGCUAAGCCUGUCAGCAGCCGGGGGAUUGCUUGGAGAGGUGUCCUCUAUCCUUCUUUGGUUAGGAGAUGAGUUGGAGUACCUGCGACCGACUGUUUAUCGAAAUGUGGCACGCCAACUCAACAUCACUGUGACCUCUGAGAACGUAGUGUCUGAUGCCUUUCUGGCAGUAGCUGAUCAGAUCUUCUCUGCUGGAGUCACGUGGGGGAAAGUGGUGUCUCUGUUUGCAGUGGCAGGCGCUCUGGCUGUGGACUGUGUCCGGCAUGACCACCCUGCCAUGGUACACACCAUCGUGGACAGCUUUGGCGAGUUUGUGCGCAAGACCCUUUCCCCCUGGCUGAAGAGGAGAGGUGGCUGGGCGGACAUUACAAAGUGUGUGGUGAACUCGGACCCCCGCCUCCCUCACUGGCUGGCCUCUGCAGCCUCCACCUGUGGCCACUACCUGAAAGCUGUGGUCUUCUACAUGAUAAGGGAACGAUGAGGGCAGCUUGGUGUGGGGCAGAGCGAGGAUGGCCCACAGCAACACACAUGGCUAUCGCACGCAAAGUCGUUGAUACAUUCUUCAGCAGUGCUACUCAACUCCACGUCCUGCCGGCCGCAGUGGCUGCAGGUAUUUGCUCCAACAGUGCGCUACACCACUUGAUUUGACUAAUUACCUUAUCUCAACCAAGCAGGUAAAAUCAGGUCCAGUGUAGCACACGAUAAGAACAAUUGCCUACAGACACUGAGGCCUGCAGGACAUGGAGUUGAGUAGCGCUGUCCUACAGCUUAUUCACCAGGUCAAUCAACGGAUGGCCAUAAACUUUGUCCAAGGAACGCUUCAGUCACCACCAUCUCUGUUGUGGAACACAAAGCUCACUUCUGUUUUUAUAAUGUAUUUUUUUACAUGGAUUGCUUACAUUGCUUGGAUAUCUUGAGCAUUAUGGAGCCAGCCUCAUAAUUCCUGUAUCCUGUUUCCCAUGAGUUAUGUAUUCUUGGGAAGGAACCAUGCUACUGUGCAAGACUGAUAAGCUCGGUCAUAAAAACAGUUCACUGCUGAAGCAAAAAGGAAGCUAGCUCAUUGGUCAAUAAACAUAACUUUACAUAUAAAUUAGCAAACUACGGGCUGCAUGUUUUAAGUUUUAUUUUUCAUUUUUUAAAUUAUACUUUUGGGUAAGUAGGGCCCUUGUGUCACUGUAGUGUGCAGCAGUGUGUGAGGUUGUGUAUCUGAAAAAGCUAUGGUCUUUUAAUUUUAUUCUAUGAAUAACUAUAGUGUCACACAUUUGGUAUAAAACACUGAAUGUCAACAAUAAAAUACCUUUUUUUUUAAA